AGCUUGAUGUGUGAGAAGAGGAUCUUCGAGGUGAUCAACACCUCGCAGCAUCCGUUCCUGGUGAACCUGUUCGGCUGCUUCCAGACUGCAGAGCAUGUGUGCUUUGUCAUGGCCUACUGCCCCGGAGGAGACCUGAUGACACACAUCCACGCCAGCAUCUUCACAGAGAAGCAGGCGCGGUUUUAUUCUUCCUGUGUGCUGCUCGGCCUGGAGUUUCUACACCAAAACAAAAUAGUUUACAGGGAUCUAAAGCUGGAUAACCUGCUGAUGGAUGCAGAUGGUUUUGUCAGGAUAGCAGACUUUGGUUUGUGCAAAGAAGGUAUGGGCCACGGGGAUCGCACCACAACAUUCUGCGGCACACCAGAGUUUCUUGCCCCAGAGGUACUGACAGACAACAACUACACCCGCAGUGUGGACUGGUGGGGGCUGGGGGUCCUCAUCUAUGAGAUGCUGGUGGGGGAGUCUCCUUUCCCCGGUGACGAUGAGGAGGAGGUGUUCGACAGCAUCGUCAACGAUGACGUGUGCUUCCCCCGCUUCCUCUCCCCUGACGCCGUGUCCCUCAUGCAGAAGCUGCUGCAGAAAGCUCCUGAGAUGAGACUUGGAGGGGGAGAGGGAGACGCCUCGGAGAUCAAAAGACACAAGUUCUUUCAGGGGAUGGACUGGAGCACUCUGCUGGCCAAGAAGCUGAAGCCCCCCUUCUUGCCGGUCAUCAGAGCGCUGAAGGACGUCAGUAACUUUGACGAGGAGUUCACCCGUCUCAAGCCCGUCCUCACCCCCCCACACACCCCCUGCGUCCUCACCGCCGAGCAGCAGGACAUCUUUGCUGACUUUGACUUCUCUUCCAUGAGUUGACCGAAGACACUGUGCUGCCACAUGUUUACAACAACUUUUAUUGGCCACAAAGUGCUUCUGAUUCAUUGGAAGCUGAGAAACUACAUUUGUGCCGAUUUCCUGUCCGCAGUUCCAGGUGCCAUCACUCUGGCUGUCAGUGGCUCCAUCCUGCACACGCUGCACAACUCACUCCUGUUCACACCUGCUGAGUUGGAUUUCAUGAUACAGAAAUGAUUUUUUAACAUGUUUUGUCUCUGCCAAAUUCAUUUUGAACUGAUCAUGCUGACUAUUUCUAUCAUGAAGCGGUAGGAUCAGAAGGCUGAGCGUUAACAGUUCACACUUUUUACAAAUGAACACUUCUCCAGCCCUCUCAAUCCAAAGCACUUAAGUGUUAAUGUUUGUGAUCUUAAUGAAGAGACUUGUCCCUAAAGGCCAUUACAUUCCAUUACACAGCAGUUGACCUUUUGCUGUGUAAUGGAAGCAUUAUACGUCCAUCUGUUGUUAACCUUUAAUGUGUUGGGAUGUCACAUCAUGAAAAUAGCGCAUUUGUCAACUGAAGUUCUUUUGCAGAUUUCUCCGUCAAUAUAACUGUCUGUUAUUUUUAAAGAAUACAAUCAUAAUGAAAAUGUUUAUAUAGAAUAAACCAGCCUAAGUGUGAACAAUUAGAAGGAAAUAUAAAUGAAUAAAUAUAAGUCUGCUG